GCAGUUCCGCCUCUUACGCGAGGACUGCUUCGGACCGCUCCGGGACGGACUCAUGCAAUACACAAACGAUCCAAAUCAAAAGCGAUAUGAUAAUAUACGGGUAUACCGCAACGUAAAAUUCAUUGGACCGUAUAUCUCGGCUACUAAAGCUGGAAUGAUGAUACAACUAGAUGAAAGCACGGUUAAGAAACAGAAGAGAAUAAAUUGGGCCUAUAGUAAGCGAUUCAUAUUCGGAUCACUUUUGUUAUUCACAAAGGAUAACUGCGCUACUUUCAUUGUCGCCACAAUUUUAGAUCGGGAUGUAAAGUGUCUCUCUGAAGGAAAGAUUCCAAUUUCAAUUGUCGAAAAUAGAAAUUUACUCACGACCGACAACAUAAACAAAACCGAUGAUCCGUAUGUUAUGAUUGAGAGUGAGGUUUAUUUUGAACCAUAUUUACAUGUUUUAAAAGCAUUACAAGACCCUAACUUUGCGCAACACGUAGCUAUGAGCAAGUAUGUCGUGAAAGUAGAUCCAAUACCUUACCCGCCAAAAUAUUUACAACUUAAAGAUUCUAUAUACGAAGUAGAAACUCAGCUGUCACUAAGCACAAAAUUUAGAGUUUUACAAGAUAACACUUGGCCUACUCAAGAAGAUUUAGGUUUGAAUGAAAGCCAGUACGAAGCUUAUAAGCUUGCCCUUACGCAUGAGUUUGCGGUGAUUCAGGGUCCUCCAGGUACUGGAAAAACCUACUUGGGUGUUAAAGUAGCACAGACUUUGCUUGAAAAUCUUCAGACUGACCGCAGGUUCUGCCUGAUGCUGGUUAUAUGCUAUACAAACCAUGCAUUAGAUCAAUUCCUGGAACAUAUUCUGAAAGUAACAGAUUCGAUUGUUCGUAUUGGAGGUCAAUCAAAAAAUGAAGCGAUGGAAAAAAUAUCACUUAACAAUCUUCGGCGAACAAAAAAACCAUGCCAAGCUACUAACUUGUUCCAAAACGAAAAGCGUAACUUGAAGUUAAUUAUGUCGAAACUACUAGGAGCUCAGAAACAAAUCGAUUCCCUGAGCAACGGUAUAUUAACGUUCGAUAGUAUGUCACAAUACGUUCCAGAAGUAGAGCAAUUAAGAAUUUAUUACGAGGGUCACAGAAAUAGAACUGAUAACGACGUGCUGAUGAAUUGGUUAUUUGAAAAUGCAACUUGUGAUGAUGAUAAUGCAGUUAUUUUGGAAAAAAUCUUCCAAGAAAACGAAGUAUUUGUACAUACACCAGCCAAUUUCGAAGAGGAAAUGAAUGAAAGAACUGAAACAAUCUUUGACGAUCUUUUAAAAGAAAUCGAUAUAAAUGGUGUCGAUGUGAAAACUUCAUUCAUGUUGAAUGAUGCUGAACUAAAAAUACAACAAUGGAAACAAAUGUACAAGGUAACUGAAAAUAUACAACUGAGGCAACGGCUGGAAAUCGAUAUGUGUAAUAUUUACAGAUUGAAAACUGUGUUUAUGGAAAUGCGAGAAAGAUACCGGGUUCGAGGGGUACCGCGUACAGUAAGACCAGGAGAAAAUUUAAGAGUAUUAUCAAAUUUAGAUCGAUGGUCCGUCUACUUCACUUGGGCCAACACAGCUAUAAAUCAAAUUGGAGAACUAAUCGCGCCAUUGCAUGCGGAAAUGGAGGCUGCCUCAGUAGCAUACGAAGAGGCAAGGAUGAAUUUAGACCUUGUUAUGCUUCGUGGCGUCAAAGUAGUCGGCAUGACAACAAGUGGUGCUGCUCGGUUAAGAAAAUUACUAACAGCUCUUGCACCCCCUAUAGUUAUCGUGGAAGAAGCUGCAGAAGUUUUAGAACAGCAUAUCGUCACCUCCUUGACGAAGGAUUGCGAGCACCUUAUACUCAUAGGUGAUCACCAACAGCUGCGUCCCUCGGCAGCGUAUAUGAAGUUAGCGAAGCACUACGACAUCGAAGUGUCAUUGUUUGAACGAAUGAUCUGGAACAACAUGCACAGCCGGCGACUGAGCGUCCAGCACCGCAUGCGGCCCGAGAUCGCGGCUCUCAUUUCGCCGCACAUUUACCCCGACUUGGCUAACCACCCAUCGGUCGAGGCUUUCCCACACGUGCGAGGGAUCACUGCCAAUAUGUUCUUCUACUCGCAUAACUUUAAAGAAGAAGCAGUAGAUGACAGCUCCAGCCGAUCGAAUCAAAAAGAAGCUGACUUGACCCUGGGCGUAGCUAACUACCUGAUGCAGCAAGGCUACGAGCCCGAAGAUGUCACCAUUCUGAGUGCCUACUCUGGACAGAUGUUUUAUAUGAGAAAACAACGCGGAAAAUAUGCUUUCCUGAACAAAGUGAAGAUAACAGUUGUUGACAAUUAUCAAGGGGAAGAAUCCAAAAUCAUUCUUUUAUCGUUAGUGCGAAAUAAUGACGAGAAUAGAAUUGGAUUUCUUGGCACAGAGAACAGAAUUUGUGUUGCACUAUCAAGAGCUAAAGAAGGAUUCUACAUUUUCGGAAACAUUGACAUCCUAAAAGCGAAUUCUCCUUUAUGGACAAAGAUUGCAACAACACUGGAAAAAAAUGGUCUACUAGGCACCAGCCUCAAACUGAAAUGUGAAAACCACCCAGACCAAAUUACGACUAUCUCAACGGAGAAAGACUUCGAAAAGGUACCCGAAGGUGGAUGCCGGCUAAUGUGCAACAAGAACCUGCCAGAAUGUGGCCACAGAUGUCCUCGCAUCUGCCAUGCUUAUGACCGAGGACAUACCGAUGUACAUUGUUCAUUGGAUUGUGAAAGAAUAAUCUGCGAACUAGGUCACGUGUGUCCACUGAAAUGCGCAGUCAAGUGUCGGCCUUGCAAACAGCCAGUGGUGAAGACACUGCCCUGUGGACACAAGCAAACCGUGCAUUGCCACCUUGAACCCAAUGAUCCUGCCGUUAAGUGCAAUACCACAGUCACUGUGCAGCUGCCCAACUGUGGCCAUGAGGCGAAGAAGCCGUGUCAUAUGGAUAUAAAGAAGGUGCAGUGUUUGGUGCCCUGCGAGGCUCGCGUGCAGAAGUGCGGCCAUCAGUGUCGUCGCACCUGCCACGUCACCGAUGACCCCGAACACGAGAAGUAUAUCUGCGUGAAACCUUGCGCUCGAUCGAAAAAAGGCUGUACGGCAAACCUUGUGGGCGACUUAGGUGAUCAUCAGUGCCUCAAGUUGUGCCACGAACCAUGUGAUAAUUGCAAUGUUGAGGUCAAUAAGAAAAGAUCGAAGUGCAAACAUUCCGAUCGCGUCGCAUGUUGCAAAGACGUGGAUGAGGACGCUUGCAAGAAGAAUUGCGCGCGCGUUCUGCCUUGCUUACAUUUCUGUAAGAAGAAGUGCUACGAGAAAUGUGGCGAUUGUGACCAGAAGGUUAAGAAAGUAAUACCAGAAUGUGGACAUACCGUUGAGGUCGAGUGCAGGGUUGAAGUAACCCGGGAGAUGUGCAGGGAGGCUUGCCAGAGACAGCUGUCCUGCGGCCACGCGUGCCGCGGCCGCUGCGACCAGCCCUGUGACGCCAAAAAGUGCACCGAAAUCAUUCCGAAGCAGUUCAACUGUCUUUGCGGACACAAGGUCGCGUUGCCUUGCAACGUUUGGCAAACUUCUGUCAAAGAUGGGAAAGUUGACUCAAAAUUGGUACUGGAGCACUGCAACGCGCCUUGCACGUCCGAGCUGGCGUGCGGCCACGCGUGCGCCGGCAGCUGCGCGCGCUGCCGCCAGGGCCGCCUGCACGCGCCCUGCACGCAGCGCUGCCACGUCGACAUCAUCUGCGGACAUCAAUGUGAAGAGCCGUGCAAUCAAGUGUGCCCGCCGUGCAAGAAACGUUGCGAAGUGAGAUGCCCACAUACUCGGUGCGCCGGCGUCUGCGGGGCUCCAUGUGUUCCGUGUAAGGAAAAAUGCAAAAGGCAAUGUAGACAUGGUGCUUGUGAAAAUUUAUGUGGCGAUCCAUGUAGCCGGCCGCCCUGCGACGAACCUUGUGGCAAACUCCUCAAGUGCAGACAUCCUUGCCGCGGGCUCUGCGGCGAACCCUGUCCCGACAUUUGCAAAAUCUGUCGCCCCGACGAGUUCCCCACGGACUUCCUUGGCGAUGACUUCGAUGACGAUGCCAAAUUUAUACAACUACAAGACUGCUCACAUAUCAUGGCAGUAGAGGAUGCUGACAAUCUCAUGCAAGGCGACAAGGAGACCAUUACAAUCCGUGCGUGUCCAUUCUGUCGCAAACCUAUUAUUAACACAUACCGGUAUAAAGACCUUGUAAACGAAAUGUACAGGACUGAGAUCAAUCCUAUUAAAGAAAGGGUAUACGGAACACAGGAGAAUGUGAAAAACAAACAAAGAGAGCUGAUUGGAGCUUUAAGUGCAUUCAAAAUAACGCACGUGAAACAUUGCAGUGAUAAUGAACAUUUUCAAAAAGCGCUCAACAGAUUAGAAAUCGUUAUUAAAAAGCAAAGUAAAAAAAUAUCACUGGUGCAGCUUGAAAUGCAUUUUCUGUAUUUGAACUUGAUGGGUGUGAUCGGAGAGAAGAUAAAUAAAUAUACAGAAAUAAAUAAAAACCAUCCUCAGAUUUUUAAACAGGAAUUUGACGAACACAUAAAAAUUUUAUGCGAAAUGCUUAUUGCCAACAUACAGAAGAUAAGUCAACAACAGCAACAAGACAUACACAAUGAGAUCAAACGUGCUAAUUCGAUUUUACAGCUCUGUAAAAUAUAUAAUCAUGAUGGCUACAAGACCGUUAAACAUGAUCCAAAGGUAGUUAAUGCGGCCACAACAGCAAACACCAUUGUCUUCACCUGGAAAGUUUAUGAAGAAAGUGCAGUCAUAGCUGCACUUCUAAAACUGCAGGAAGCAGUUAAGCUUAGCGAUAUUGUGAAAAAAGAACGUGAAAUGAUAGUGAGAGCCGUGGGUCUCAGACAGGGGCAUUGGUUUAAAUGUCCCAAUGGUCAUUUCUAUUGUAUUGGCGAAUGUGGUGGAGCCAUGCAAGUCGGUAAAUGUAUCGAGUGUGGAGCUCAAAUAGGUGGGCAAAGCCACCGGCUAUUAUCAGAUAACAGGCUUGCGCGUGAAAUGGACGGAGCAUCAUACGCGGCUUGGUCUGAUACGGCUAACAACAUGGCUAAUUUCGACUUAAAUGUUUUGUAAUUUUGGGCUACUUAUCAUUUAACCCUUACAAAACUUGUAGGUACUUAGUUAUUACUCACAAAAAUUAAUUAUUUAUGUUGAUGCAAAUUCCUACUUUUUUAUACUGCAAAAUAUUUUUUAAGGGUGUUCCCUUGUUGUUUCAUUUACUUUAUUAUGUGUACCUAUUGAAAAUCCUAGACCUUUUGACAUGGGUCUAGAGUGUUUAAAUUAGGUACUUGAUUAAGAACCUACAAUCAUAAUUGCAACUACUUAUUCAACAUCUAUUCGUAAAAUUAAAUUGUUAUUCAUAAUUUUAGUUCUAUUAUAUGAUUCAUAUUAAAUAAAA